CCAGCGCUGACCCGGUGUUCAGUGAGAGGAGGUUGCGCUGGGUGAGAGGCUGCAGGAGUUUCAGCACCCUGGCUGAGAGGAGGGCUGUGGUGUCGUGUCUGUACUGUAGGCUGCAGUUGGAUUAUUUUUUAUUCCGCUGGUAGUGAGCACCGCCGGUGCUGGUGGGAAUCCUCCGGAAGAUGCUGCAGUGCAGGGCGGUGUGGAGAAAGCUGGCUCCUCUGGCCAGGACGUCCUCGACAUUGUGCCGCAAAAACGCGAAGAAAGCAGUUCUGAAGUGCGAGAGCUCUCUGAGGCCGACACAGAGGGUCCAUGCGUCGUCUGGGGUCCCCGGCAGCGGUGGGCAGAACCUGCUGUAUUAUCUUCUUGUGGGGGGAUCUGUGCUCGGUGCAGGAGCGUAUGUGUACAACAUCAUACAGGGAGACAAGCGGAGAUUCCAAGAAAGGAUGUCUAAGCUGGCCGCAAGGCCAAGUCAAGAGACAGCACCCAGCCAGGUGGAGCCUACAGAGAAAACAGCGGAUGAAACUACAAAGGACCCGGGCCUGCAGAGUGCUGAGGAGGAGGGGGAGGUUUUAGCAGAGAGUGCAGCCCCUGCUUUAUCAGAAGGGGACCCCCGGGAGCAGAGAGGUGAGGGGGCAGAGCCCCCCGCCUCAGGAGCCCGCGCCGACCCCCAGGUGGAAAUUGAGGGACCGGCUGAAGUCUCAGAAGCUCAAGAGGCUGCGCCUGUGUCAGAGUCCGUCCCUGCAGAAUCGACAGACCAGCCCCCCACAGCUGCAGCUGACAGUGGAGAAGCUCCUGCUGCUGCUGCCCGCUCCGAGAUUCCCUCCCACGCUCCCUACCUCCUCAUUGGCGGUGGCACGGCCUCGUUCGCCGCGGCCCGGUCCAUCCGCGCGCGGGAUCCGGGUGCACGGGUCUUGAUAAUCUCGGAGGAGCCCAACCUGCCCUACAUGCGCCCCCCUCUCUCGAAGGAGCUCUGGUUUUCCGAUGACCCCCACGUGACGGAGACUCUGCGCUUCAAACAGUGGAACGGCAAAGAGCGAAGCCUCUAUUUCCAGCCGCCCUCCUUCUAUGUCAGCCCUCAAGACUUGCCCCAUAUUGAGAAUGGAGGAGUGGCAGUUCUCAGCAGCAAAAAGGUGGUGCACAUGGAUGUCAGAGGGAACAAAGUGUGCCUGAAUGACGGCUCAGAAAUCUCCUAUGAGAAGUGUCUGAUAGCCACAGGUGGAAUUCCCAGGAAUAUCCAAGCCAUUGAGCGGGCUGGGGAGGAGGUCAUGAAGAGGACAACUCUGUUCAGGAAGAUCGAAGACUUCAAGUCCCUGGAGAAGAUUUCCAGGGAAGUGGAGUCUAUAGCCAUUAUCGGAGGUGGAUUUCUGGGGAGCGAAUUGGCCUGCGCCCUAGGGAGGAGAGCAAAGGAAACUGGUUUGGAGGUCAUACAGAUGUUCCCUGAAGGAGGUAACAUGGGGAAGGUUCUGCCGGAGUAUCUCAGUAACUGGACUACAGAGAAGGUCAGGAGAGAGGGGGUGAACGUCAUGCCAGAAGCGCUGGUGAAGUCAGUGAAGUAUCAGGAGGGGAAGUUGGAAAUUAAACUGAAGGAUGGCAGACAGGUGAGAACUGACCACCUUGUGGCCGCGGUGGGGCUGGAGCCCAGCGUGGAGCUCGCCAAGUCAGGGGGGCUGGAGGUGGACUCGGACUUCGGAGGGUUCAGGGUCAACGCAGAGCUCCAGGCUCGCUCCAACAUCUGGGUGGCUGGCGAUGCCGCGUGCUUCUAUGACAUCAAGCUGGGCCGGCGGCGGGUGGAGCACCACGACCACGCAGUGGUGAGCGGCAGGCUGGCGGGGGAGAACAUGACCGGCGCCAACAAACCCUACUGGCACCAGUCCAUGUUCUGGAGUGACUUGGGGCCGGAGGUGGGAUAUGAAGCCAUUGGGAUUGUAGACAGCAGCCUCCCCACUGUGGGUGUGUUUGCCAAAGCCACUGCGAAAGACACCCCCAGAGCAGCUGCAGAGGAGUCAGGUACGGGCAUCCGAUCGGAGAGCGAGACUGAGGCGACUGCCAGCACGGCCGGGGUGCCAGACAAAGCUCCCUCAGUGCCACGGGUACCGGAGCAGGGAGAGGACUACGGGAAGGGCGUCAUCUUCUACCUGCGGGACAAGGUGGUAGUGGGCGUCAUCCUGUGGAAUGUCUUCAACCGAAUGCCCAUUGCCAGGAAGAUUAUCAAAGAUGGAGAGGAGCACGCAGAUCUAAAUGAAGUGGCCAAGCUCUUCAACAUUCACGAAGAAUGAGGAUGGGGAGUCUGAGCUGUGGCUAUAAAUCGAGGACUUAAUCAAGGCAUUGGUGCCCCUUUUUGGGAUCCGAACAACGUCGACAGUCCCGACCCGAGACGGGGAGAGAAAAGAUGCUCAAUGCAUGAGAUGAAUCUAUUUUGUGUACGUUUUUCACUGUCUGAAUUAGUCACUAUUUGUAAAUUGUGAUGCAUAAAGCCAGGUCCGCUAGGUUCUUGGUGUUCUAUUAAAGUAAAAUAUAUAUUGAAUAACAUCCGACCAAAGUAACUCCCCUUCUUGUAAACGGGCAUUGUGAAAAUUGGAAAAACGAGCCCUUCAAGUUUUUUUUUUUUUAAUCCGGUGGCACUUUUGGAUGUUUAUCCCUGGAACAGACAUCCUCAUGGCAAGGACUAACUUGAAUAAAAUGCGUACAAUGGUUUUAUAUUUCAGAAUUCAGUUGUUCUCAAUUAUUUAUUGCAUGAUGCAGAAUUAUAACACUUCCUCAAUUUG